AUGACUACACGCUUGUCUACAACAAUUCAAGACAGACACGUGCAUUCACGCCUCACUAACGGGAGAGGUGCAGCUGUACCUCCUGCCUUUCUCAUCAUGUGCACUGCAAGCAGCCAUGCAGGGUGUAAAAGCCACCUUUAUAAUGCCAUACGUUCAUAUCUGCAGAGUGAGAACAGAGCACAGCCUAUUAUUGGUCUGAACAGAAUAACUGAGAUGUGGACCAACAAUGAGCCUCCUGUGUACUUUUGUGACGUCUGCUUUCUGAGAAUUUUAAAGACAGACAUCAGAAACCAUAUCGUGGGCAGCCUUCACAGAUAUAAUUACAUUAAGUCUCAUCAUGCACAUGGGUGGAGGUCUUAUACCGAUCUGACCCUUUUGGCUCGCCCUCUCAUGGAUCUAGCAAAAACCGUAGAACAGAGAGAGGGAACAGGUGAUGUACAGGUUUUAUGUGUGGAUGACUCCGAAUACAAGGAGAUGACAUCGUGGCCUGUGCCUGCUGCUUUUGGUAAACUGCAAAGGAUAAGGAAUCAACAAGAUCCUAAUGUGAUUCAGUCAGUUGUUCAUAACAGCGAGGUUAAAGGUAAUGAAGCCGCAGUUCAAGAGUUUGAAAACAACGAUAAGAAUUAUUCAGAGUCUAAGGCAUCACCAAAGCAUCCAUCUACUCCACCAGUGAGUUCAAAGUGUUCAGGUAUAAUAGAGCCUCUCCAUAAGCAGUCGAAUGCAAAUCGAACCUCACCAUCUCCUAAAACCCUAAGUCCUGUCAGACCUUUAUUACAAUCCCAAGAGGCAUCUACUCAUCUGAAUCAAAUGGACUGUAACGUUUUAUCUAGAAUGACUUCCAUUGAAAGUUCCCUGGCUCCAUCUCUCGUCCAACACAUAAAUCAAGAUCAGACUGUAAUCCAAGACAAAUACCAAAUACCACAAAGAUGGAUGAUGUCAUCUAAAACCCAGUGUUUAGCUGAAACAAGAAGUCUACACAUGUCAAGAACGAUCUCUCUUGUCAGACCACCAAGUCAAUGGAGUCCCAUCAGAAUUCCUUACCAGAAUGAAACCGUGCAUCCCAAUGAAGAAGAAAGUCAGGUCAGCCACCCAUUUCCAUUAAGCUAUGGAUCACAUUCAUUACACCUGGUCCAAACCGCAAAUGCAUAUGAAGCCCAGCUGCAAACAUCAUCUCUUACUGUGAGUCACAUGGUACCAGAAAGAACCCAGGAUGGAACCAACAAGCAAGAAUCUUUCAGUGAUGAAAGUUGUAUUCAUACUACAGAGCCAGUCAGUGCUGUGGAUCUGAGAGUUAUCGAGCCCAUCAUAACCCAGAGAGCAUUGGAGCCACAUGGUUAUAAUUCACAUGGUUAUAAUUCAAUCUAUGAUGAGAUCGACUUCAAGGAACCAUUCAGCACAGACUUUGAAGCACAUGCAGUGGAGGCUCAGUCACAUACCUCUGUGAAAGAGAAGAUCCCUCUGCCCUCACAAAGCCCUUCUAGUCAAAUUCAGUCCAUUGAGGAUACCCCAAAAUCCUGCACUAAGAAAAAUCCUCUUAUUGGUCUGCAGGCUGUUAUUAAGUGCCAGAGCGUUGAUGGUAAUCCACCUCCAUGCUGUUACCUGUGUCAGCUGUGUUCUAUGAAGCUGAAGAAGAAAAACGUUAUCAGUCACUUGACUGGCUUGCAACAUCGACAGUCCUACAUAGAAGUUUUCCAUCCACAGCUCUUGUCUAACAUAAAGCAGGAAUGCCACAAUGAAAAUGAGAGGCUGGAUGAUAUUGCUAUGCAACUAGAGCAACAGGAUGGGAGGGGACAGAUAAAGGUGAUGAGGUUGUCUGCGUGUCUCAUUAGUGAGGUAAUGCACAGGGAUUAUCAUUGGUGUAUGAAGAUAUUGAACUGCGGAGCCAGUGUCGAGCCUUUUAACAAAUUGCCAGACAAAACCACAGCCCACAGUCAAGUACUUAAACGUCCAGCAGAGUCAAUAAAAUCCUUUUCUGGAGCUUCACUCCCAAACCAUCUGAUUCCCCAAAAAAUGAAGAAAGUUGAUCCAACAAAUGUAAUUAGUACUAAAAGUGUAAAGAACCCUGUGUUCAAGGUAAGCCUGUCACUACAAGAGGGACCUGUUGUCAUUGAGAGAGAUCCUCUAAGAGUUACAGCUACAGUGGCACCUGAGAUUGAGAACCAAAGUCCUAAAUGCACAUACACAGAAAAUAAGGCAUUGUCUUUAGAGAUUAACAGACAGUCUGAAGAUCAAACAUGCUUGCAUGCAUGCCCACCGACAGUAUACAACCAAGAGGAAUCCUGGAAAACACUGGCGUUCCCUGAUGGAAAUGCGCUUACACAGGCAAGCAUUCCCACUCUUACCCAUCCGCACACACAAGUCUCGCACGUAGAUAGCCGUUUUAUUGAGGUCGUGAGCCCGGUUCGGUAUGCAUAUGAAGGGCAGUAUGACCAUUCUCAAGCUAUUCAAGUGGUCGAGCCAUCUCUCAGAAUUGUAGAGUGUGAUUCAUUAGAGGAGAUGCCAACAUAUGCCGAUUGCCCGGUGCAGGAUGGGUUCUUCUGUGGCAAUGAUUGGAUCUUACAAAGGCAAGUCACUGGGCCCAGUGCACAAAGUCAUCCUGAGUAUAUGAGUAAUAUGUGGUAUUGAUAAUUAUGAGCCUUCCAGGGGUCCAGAUGUACAAAAAAAGUGUUGGGGGGGGGUUAGAAGAUGAGCAGAGACACUUUUGUAUUGACUCCAAACUUUCAACUUUUUGAACUGAAUGUGAAGGCUUUGUAAAACCAGCAACACAUCUAUGCAGCCAUCACCUGAAUCACCAGACAGGUUAUAUUUUUGCGUUUGUUCUAAUAUCUAUUAAAUUAAAAUGCUUUUUUAGUCUUUUGUUCAAAAUUCUGUGGAUUUGUUUUCAG